AUGUUCUCCCGUACAGCUUUCUCGGCCUUCCGCCCGAUCUCACGGCCCUCAUCGCUGAACGCCGUCCGUUCCCCGGCCUUCGCGCUUCCCUCGGUCCUCCAUGCCCGUCUCCUGUCCUCCGAGACUCGGGCGGCCAUUGACAAGGCUGUGGCCUCGGCACCCGUCGUCCUGUUCAUGAAGGGUACCCCCGAAACUCCCCAGUGUGGUUUCUCCCGCGCGAGCAUUCAGAUUCUGGGUCUGCAGGGCGUGGACCCUAAGAAGUUUGUCGCUUUCAACGUGCUGGAGGACCCUGAGCUGCGUCAAGGCGUGAAGGAAUACUCGGACUGGCCGACCAUUCCUCAAUUGUACCUCGACAAGGAGUUUGUUGGAGGAUGCGAUAUUCUGAUGUCCAUGCACCAGAACGGAGAGCUCGCGAAGAUGCUCGAGACCAAGGGUGUCCUGGUUGCCGCGGAUCAAUAA